AGCAAUAUGGGUAGAGUCGGAUAGCCGGGAACUUGGAUUCCGUGUCGCGAAGUAGUGUGUCGACCGCCAAGCUAUACAUGUGCGGUUUCGUCGUGAGAAGAGUUAUCGAAACCGUGGAGUUAAACGAGUGGUCGGUGGUAAAUGAUCGUGUAAUUAUUAUUAUUCGCGAAAAAGGGUUACUUACGAAAACAAAACGUGUGGUGGUAAAGUAAAGACGUGAUUACAAGGGAGCAACGCGUGCGCGCGCGCGUUAAAUAUUUUUCCAACAGGCGAGGCGAGAAAGCGCAUUGUGUGUACGCUAAAGAAAAAUGGCGGACGGGGACUCGAGGGUAGAUCGCUCUGACCCGGAGCUUAAAAUUCUUUCUGUGGAUAGGAACAAUUUCAAUGACCCGGCUACCCAGGCGGAAUGGACUCAGAAAAAAUUGGUAUGGGUACCACACGAAACACAGGGUUUUGUUGCUGCCGGUAUCAAAGGGGAGCGUGGAGACGAGGUCGAGGUGGAGAUUGCCGAGACCGGCAAAAGGGUCCACGUUGCCAAGGACGAUAUCCAGAAGAUGAAUCCGCCCAAGUUCGACAAGGUCGAGGACAUGGCCGAACUCACCUGUCUCAAUGAAGCCUCUGUUCUACAUAAUCUUAAGGACCGUUACUACUCUGGAUUAAUUUAUACGUAUUCCGGCCUUUUCUGCGUCGUAGUCAAUCCUUACAAGAGGCUGCCAAUUUACACAGAAAAAAUUAUGGAGAGGUAUAAGGGAAUCAAAAGGCACGAAGUACCACCACAUGUUUUUGCCAUCACAGACACAGCAUAUCGUUCGAUGCUUCAAGACCGUGAAGAUCAAUCAAUUCUCUGUACUGGUGAAUCCGGUGCUGGCAAAACAGAAAACACGAAGAAAGUUAUUCAAUAUCUAGCGUAUGUUGCUGCUUCGAAACCAAAAUCAAACGCGACACCAAGUCCGGCAUUAAUCAUAGGCACUGGAACAUUAGCUGACAAGUUUGCGGGUGAACUUGAACAGCAACUUCUACAAGCCAAUCCUAUUCUAGAAGCUUUUGGAAAUGCAAAAACCGUCAAGAACGACAACUCCUCACGUUUUGGAAAGUUCAUUAGAAUUAAUUUUGAUGCAUCUGGUUACAUCGCUGGAGCAAAUAUCGAAACGUACCUUCUUGAAAAAUCUAGGGCAAUUCGACAAGCCAAAGAUGAACGAGCGUUUCACAUAUUUUACCAAUUGCUGGCAGGUGCAUCACCAGAACAAAAGAAGGAAUUUAUUUUGGAGGAUCCAAAACAUUAUCCAUUCCUUUCGAAUGGUGCGCUUCCAGUACCGGGAAUGGAUGAUUCUGCCGAAUUUUCCGCCAUUGUGAAGGCAAUGAAUAUAAUGGGAAUGACGAACGAAGAUUUUGCCUCAAUAUUCCGUAUUGUUUCUGCAGUUAUGCUAUUUGGUUCGAUGCAAUUUAGACAGGAGAGAAAUUCCGAUCAAGCUACACUUCCUGAUAAUACAGUUGCCCAAAAAAUUUCCCAUCUAUUGGGCCUAAGUGUGACAGAAAUGACAAAAGCCUUUUUAAAACCAAGAAUCAAAGUUGGCCGCGAUUUUGUAACGAAAGCACAAACGAAGGAACAAGUGGAAUUUGCAGUUGAAGCAAUAUCGAAAGCGUGCUACGAAAGAAUGUUCCGUUGGUUGGUGAAUAGGAUAAAUAGAUCACUUGAUCGAACGAAAAGACAGGGAGCAAGUUUCAUUGGUAUUUUAGAUAUGGCUGGUUUUGAAAUUUUCGAAUUGAAUUCCUUUGAACAGUUGUGCAUCAAUUAUACGAAUGAGAAACUUCAACAAUUAUUUAAUCACACAAUGUUUAUUCUCGAACAGGAAGAAUAUCAACGUGAAGGUAUUGAAUGGAAAUUUAUUGAUUUUGGAUUAGAUCUUCAGCCGACAAUUGAUUUGAUAGAUAAACCUAUGGGUAUUAUGGCCCUUGUUGAUGAGGAAUGUUGGUUCCCAAAAGCGACGGACAAAACAUUUGUGGAAAAACUUGUGGGUGCUCAUAGUGUUCAUCCGAAAUUUAUGAAAACAGAUUUCCGUGGAGUUGCCGAUUUUGCCAUUAUUCAUUAUGCUGGAAAAGUUGAUUAUUCUGCUGCCAAAUGGCUUAUGAAAAAUAUGGAUCCCCUUAAUGAAAAUGUUGUGAGUCUUUUGCAAGCGUCACAAGAUCCAUUUGUUUGUCAUAUAUGGAAGGAUGCUGAAAUUGUUGGAAUGGCCCAACAAGCAUUGACUGACACGCAAUUUGGCGCAAGAACAAGAAAAGGAAUGUUUAGAACAGUCUCACAACUUUAUAAAGAGCAAUUGACGAAAUUGAUGGCAACAUUGAGGAAUACUAAUCCAAAUUUUGUCAGGUGCAUUAUUCCCAAUCAUGAGAAGAGAGCUGGUAAAAUAGACGCUCCAUUGGUUCUCGAUCAGUUGAGGUGUAACGGUGUUCUCGAAGGAAUUCGUAUUUGUCGUCAAGGUUUCCCGAAUAGAAUUCCAUUCCAAGAAUUUAGACAGCGAUAUGAACUUUUGACACCGAAUGUCAUUCCGAAGGGCUUUAUGGACGGAAAGAAAGCUUGCGAAAAGAUGAUUCAAGCACUGGAACUUGAUCCAAAUUUAUAUCGUGUGGGUCAAUCGAAGAUAUUUUUCCGUGCUGGUGUAUUGGCUCAUUUGGAAGAAGAAAGAGAUUAUAAAAUUACGGAUCUCAUUGUUAAUUUCCAAGCGUUCUGUCGUGGUUUUCUGGCGAGACGCAAUUAUCAAAAGCGUCUACAACAAUUAAAUGCAAUACGUAUUAUUCAACGAAAUUGUUCCGCUUAUUUGAAAUUGCGAAAUUGGCAAUGGUGGCGUUUGUACACGAAAGUAAAACCUCUAUUGGAAGUGACGAAACAAGAAGAGAAACUUACGCUCAAGGAAGAUGAAUUGAAGCAAGUUCGUGAAAAAUUAGAAAUGACAGUGCACGAUGCCAAGGAAUAUGAGAGAAAAUAUCAAUUGGUGAUUGAAGAGAAAAUGAUGUUGGCUGAACAAUUGCAAGCUGAAGUGGAACUUUGUGCUGAAGCUGAAGAAAUGCGUGCAAGAUUGGCGGCUAGAAAGCAAGAAUUGGAAGAGAUUCUUCAUGAUCUUGAGGCACGAAUUGAAGAGGAAGAGGAAAGAAGUUCAGCAUUGAUACAAGAGAAAAAGAAAUUGCAACUUAAUAUCAGUGAUUUGGAGGAACAAUUAGAGGAGGAGGAAGCUGCGAGACAAAAAUUACAAUUGGAAAAAGUUCAAUGUGACGCGAAAAUUAAGAAAAUGGACGAAGAUAUUGCACUUUCUGAUGAUACAAAUCAAAAACUUUUGAAAGAAAAGAAACUUUUGGAAGAAAGAGCAAAUGAUUUAUCUCAAGCAUUGGCAGAGGAGGAGGAAAAAGCGAAACAUUUGGCUAAAUUGAAAACGAAACAUGAAGCUACAAUUGCCGAUUUGGAGGAACGUCUUUUGAAGGAUCAUCAACAACGUCAAGAAGUCGAUAGAUCGAAGAGAAAAAUGGAAACUGAAGUUUCUGAUUUGAAGGAACAAAUCGCUGAGAGAAAAUUGCAGGUAGAGGAAUUACAACUACAAUUGGGUAAACGAGAAGAAGAACUUACGCAAGUUAUGACGAAAAUUGACGAGGAAAGUGCUGCGAAGGCUCAAGCUCAAAAGGCUCUAAGAGAAUUGGAAUCACAAUUGGCAGAACUUCAGGAGGAUUUGGAAGCUGAGAAAAUAGCUAGAAGUAAAGCUGAGAAAUUGAAACGUGAUUUGAAUGAGGAAUUAGAGGCAUUGAAGAAUGAAUUACUUGAUUCGUUGGAUGUGACAGCGGCUCAACAGGAACUUAGAACGAAACGAGAACAGGAAUUGGCAACAUUAAAAAAGAAUCUUGAAGAAGAGACAUCAUCUCAUGAGGCAAUGAUGGCUGAUACGCGUCACAAGCACACGCAAGAAUUAACCGUUCUUAAUGAACAAAUGGACGCUUUGAAAAAAGCUAAAGCCACUUUAGAGAAAGCAAAGAGUACAUUAGAGGCUGAAAAUGCUGAUAUGGCUACUGAAUUAAGAUCCGUUAGUGCCAAUAGACAAGAAUGUGAUCGAAGACGUAAACAAGCUGAGCAACAAUUAGUUGAGGUUAAUGGAAAACUUGCCGAAAUUGAAAGAGUGAAACAGGAAUUAGCAGAGAAAGUCGUGAAAUUACAACAGGAAGCUGAGAGUGUUUCUCAACAAUUGGAAGCUGCUGAAUUGAAAGCUUCAGCUGCUGUUAAAGCAUCAACAACCUGUGAAUCUCAAUUCACUGAACUUCAACAACAACUUGAAGAAGAGACGAGGCAAAAAUUGGCAUUGAGUUCAAAAUUAAGAGCACUUGAAAGCGAGAAGGAAACACUUCAUGAUCAACUUGAAGAAGAGGAAGAAGCGAAACGAACUUUUGAAAAACAAGUCGUGAAUUUGAAUAUUCAACUCACUGAGGCGAAGAAACGUGCCGAUGAAGAAUCUGAAGCAGCAACUGCACUUGAAGAAGCAAGAAAACGAUGUUUGAAAGAUAUUGAAACACUACAGAGACAAGUGGAGGAACUUCAAGCAGCUAAUGAUAAACUUGACAAAUCGAAAAAGAAAAUUCAAGCCGAAUUGGAAGACAGUACAAUUGAAUUGGAAGUUCAAAGAGGAAAGGUCAUUGAAUUGGAAAAGAAACAAAAGAAUUUCGAUAAAGUUCUUGCAGAAGAGAAAGCCAUUGCAGUACAAUAUCUUGAACAAAAGGAUAAUGCCGAGCGAGAAUCACGAGAGAAAGAAACGAGAGCUUUGUCGCUUACACGUGAAUUGGAUGAAUUACACGAGAAAGUUGAAGAAUUGGAAAGAUGCAAAAAAGUUCUUCAAGGUGAAUUGGAUGAAUUGGCAAAUAAUCAAGGAACAGCUGACAAAAAUGUUCACGAACUCGAGAAGGCAAAACGGGCUUUGGAAUCACAACUUGCCGAACAGAAGACACAAGUCGAGGAAUUGGAGGAUGAAUUACAAAUCACAGAAGACGCGAAAUUGAGACUCGAGGUAAAUAUGCAAGCUCUGAGGGCUCAAUUAGAACGAGAGGUUCAAGCCAAGGAAGAACAGGCUGAAGAAAAACGUCGAGGUCUCGUGAAACAAUUACGCGAUUUGGAAGCCGAAUUAGAGGAUGAAAGGAAACAGCGUGCCGCAGCUAUUGCACAGCGAAAGAAAAUGGAAGCUGAUUACAAGGAUAUUGAACAACAAUUGGAAAUGCACAAUAAAGUAAAGGAAGACGCUCUCAAGCAAUUGAAGAAACUUCAAGCGCAAAUUAAGGAUUGCACAAGAGAAACAGAGGAAGCAAGAGCAGCUCGUGAUGAAUUGGCUGCAGCAUCAAAGGAAGCGGAACGCAAGGUCAAGAGUUUAGAAGCUGAACUUCUUCAAUCGAACGAAGAUCUCACAAGUAGUGAACGUGCAAGACGAGCUGCCGAAAAUGAACGCGAUGAACUUCAAGAAGAAUUGAAUAACAAUGUUAAUAAGGGAACAUUAAUGUUGGAUGAGAAACGUCGAUUGGAUGCAAGAAUAGCAACACUUGAGGAAGAAUUAGAGGAGGAGCAGUCAAACAGUGAAAUUUUGAUGGAUCGAGCUAGAAAAGGACAGAUCAGUAUUGAACAAUUGACAACAGAUUUAGCGACAGAACGUUCAGCAACGCAAAAACUUGAAUCUCAGAGAAUGUUACUUGAGCGGCAAAAUAAGGAAUUGAAGGCAAAACUCGCUGAAUUAGAGACUGCACAACGUGCCAAGACCAAGGCAACAAUUCAGGCUCUCGAAUCAAAGAUUAAUAAUUUGGAUGAACAACUUGAGACUGAGGCAAAGGAAAGAUUCGCUCAACAGAAAAUCAAUCGAAAAUUGGACAAGAAAUUGAAAGAAUUGAGUUUACAAUUGGAGGAUGAGAGAAGAAAUGCCGAUCAGUACAAGGAACAAAUGGAGAAAGUUAACACGAGAAUGAAGAGUCUCAAGAGACAAUUGGACGAAGCCGAGGAGGAAAUUAGCAGGCACAAGGCUCUUAAACGAAAAGCGCAAAGAGAAAUGGACGAUAUGAUUGAGUCCCAAGAAGUUUUGACACGUGAAGUUGCAAAUUUGAAGAAUAAACUCAGUGAAGUAGAUCAAAAGACACAAAAGACGCAUAGCAGAACGUUGGGUUCCUACCGUGGUUAUUGGAAGGAUGAAAUUAUAAACUCUUUUAACGUGCGUGGAGGACCACCAAUUAGUUUGAGUUCAUCGAGAUUGAAACGUGGCUCAAUGCAAACUGGUGGCUCAGGUGACGAUUCAACAACGCAAGAUGAAAGCAUUGAUGGUGAGGAAAAUGCAAAUUGAAACCAGACGUCUUCCGCUGCGGUAAUCUGCGGCCAUAAACGCAUAAUAAAUUCGUCUAACGAAUUUUUCAAGAGUCUGGGGGUGUCUCUCCAUAAGUUACAAGAAAACAUACACACACACACACAUACACAUAGAAUAAGCGUGAGUCAUUAGAUUGAUUAAUCGCUCUCGGUGUGACCAAUUUUUUUUUCUUUUUUUUUUUUACAAUGAAAUGCGUAUUCGCAUGAUGAUGAUAAUAAUGGUCCCCGCAUUUUGAAUUGCCGGUGCGAUUUUGUUGGCAAAAGAUACAAAAAAAAAAAAAAAAACAAAGAACGAUAAACGUCACGUCGCAUGCAGGUGAUAGGAAUAAAUUCUUUCUUUCUUUUUUUUUAUUAUUAUAGUAGUAUUAUUAUACGAUUUUUCCGUGAGAUGCCAUCAAACGAAGAAAGAAAAAAAAAAAAAAAAAAAAAAACAGAGUUUAAUGAAAAUGUACAUAACUUUACAGCUUACUAACUGACCGUGGAGCGGUUUUAUUACUGGCAUGACUGUAAUCAUAAAAAAAUAAAACGAAUCGGGAGUUUUAGGUAAUGAUGAAAAGUAAUCGUGGGAUAGAAAAAAAAGAAAAAGCAGAUUGCUGCAUAAUUGAAAUAACUGAAUAACACUUUUAGGUAGUAUUAAGACAUUAAUUAUUAUUAUUAUUAUUAUAUUAUUAUUAUAUUAUUGAUACGUUAUUAUUAUUAUAUUAUUAUUAUUUUAUAACUAUUAUUACGAUCAGCAUCCUCCCACACGUACUACAGUAAUUAUUAAUGUAUUUUAAUAAUUAACUAAUAUAAUGUAAGAAUCAUCAAAGUGAGAAGAUAAUGAAACAGAGCUGCCUCAAAGAGUGCAAGUUGGUUUCAUUUUAAAAGGUUUCAGGUUUAAAAUCGACUCUUCUUCCUUUAUCUCAGUAUUUUUUAGCAUGUUUUUUUUUUUGGUUUUUUUUUGUUUCUAUUUUUGGAAAUGAUAAAGAAAUUCUUCUUUUGAUAAAAAAAUGCUUACUUUCAGAGUAGAUUAUUUUAUUGCAUUUAUACAAUUUUCUUGUUUUUUUUUUUUUUUUUUUUUUUUUUGGCAUUAUACACAAUGUAUAUGUACAUGUAUAUAAUGUAUAUAAUAUAAAUGAUAUAUUAUAUAUAUUAUAUGUACUCAAUUGAAUUUAGUCGUUAAGGUUUUCUUUCCAUUCCUCCGUCUUCGGCACCGCAUGUUUCGAGAUAACGAAUAAUGUUACUUAAAAGCUGACUUUUCCUCGUAUUGUACUUAAGCUCUUGUAGUUGGCAACUUAACCUUUUGAAAUGAAAUGAAUGAAUGUGCCUUGCAGGCUCAAAGUGAUAGAUAUCGCGAUUUUAUCCUAAAAAAAAAAGAAACGAAAUUGUGCGAAAAUUGUCAAAAGAAACAAGUUCGAUUUACUCAUAUCGAGAAACAAAGAUGCUGAGAUCGUAGAGGGGAAAAAAAAAGAAUGAAAAAUUGUGUAAACUGCCGAUGAAUUGAAUGAUGUGAAGACGGAAUUUUAUACCUGCAUUUUUAUAGGCAUUUUAUAAAAUUCUUUGUAUUCAGAGGUUUUUACAAGGUGUCAUCGCAAGGGCUAGUAUAUUUUUUGAUGCAAGUAGCUGCAAGCGAGAACACACAUUAUACAGAAUUCAAAAUUAUACAUAUUAUAAAAAAAAAAAUGUUUCUUAUAUAUAUAUAUUAAAAAAAAAAUAGGGCCUUCGCUAUUAACUCCAUGAAACUCUUAACAGCUUUUUAGGGAUCUAGGCAAAACUUUUCUCAAAGAAACGGCAAAUAAUUAUUUAAAAAAAGGAAAAAAAAAUAAACUACUGCUCUGUGAGACAGUGGAUCUAGACAGGACUGAGACUCCGUUAUUCGAUCGAGAGAAACUUUUUCAGUAUUUUUAAUAUCAAAAAUAGUAUCCAAUCUGUAUGUAUGACUUUUUUCCCUGGCGAAGAAAUCCAUAAUUUUUUUUUUCUUUUUUGAUGAUUAAUUUACAAUUCUUUAUAUUAUCUCUUCUAAUUAGAUAAUAAUCCCUGAUUAGAAUUAUCAAUGAUUCACAAUUAUGAAUCAUUAUUAUUGAUUAUUAUUAUUCGACAAUAUAUUGUAAUUAUUAUUUAAGUUAAAUAAUUCGAUAAAAAAAAAGAAUUGAUUUUUGAAUAAAAAUGAACUUGUGACAAUCCUUCGCCAGGGUUUAGAUCCAAUAACUCGCAAUCAGUACCAUUAUUAUGUAAAUACAUGACUGAAUGUAUUCGGGGUACUCACUUCUUGCUUAUAUAUCGUACGCUUUGAAUUUUCAAAAAAAAAGAAAAAUGAUCAAAAAUUAAAACAAAUCUCUUACACCGCCAUCGCCUUAAGUUUUUUUUUUAAUAUACUGCUUGAAAUCAAAAUGAAAACGAAGUGGGCACUCCCAAGAUCUGCGGGCAAGUGAGGGAGAAAUGGACAGCGAUUAAAAAAAGAAAAAAAGAAAACGAUUUAAAUUGAAAGAAGCGAGGGCGUUUUUGAUACAUUUUAUAUGGAUUGAACAUAAAGGGGUUGAUUGCAUCUUAAGUAUACAAGAGAAAAUAUAAUAAAUGCUGAAUACUGAAA